AUGGGCGGCGGUGAUGAUGAAAGUCCGACGAUGGGUGCGACGCGGCCUCCUCACCGCCACCUUCCGAAUCUCUCGGCCUCGACCCCCUCGCUGCACACUCCGCCCGCCAUGAUGAGGACGUCUUCCAGCAGCGCGCAUUCGACCCCUUCCCCGGUUCGUGCGUUCUACUUGCAUAGGAAUGCGAGUAGCUCGACUAGCACGUUGGGAUUUAGAGGGAGUUUGCCGACUUUGGGGAGGGCGGAUUCUAGAGAAGUGAUGUUUGGGUUGGAGAGUCAUUUUGCUUCUUCUGUUUCGGCUGAGCCUUGGACUUCUAGACAUGCGAUUGAGUCGCCUACGGGAGCGAAGGGGAAGGGGAGGGGGUUCUUUGAUGGGAGGGAUGGUGAGGUUUCGGAUUGA